GUAACAUUGCGGAACUAUUCAGUAUUUGGCGAGCAUCGGAAAUAUGGUGGAUGGUUCAGGUCAAGCGUUUGGCGGAAAGUUCAGAGUUGGCGAUGUUCAAACGAAAAAAUUUCGAGUGCAUCAUAGGCACCAAAGUAAAGAAGAAAGAGCUUUGCUAGAGUUAAAUCAUCCAAACAUCGUCAAACUUCAUGAGCGUGAAAGUGACUAUGUCUAUUUGUACUAUGCAUUGGGCCCGUGUUUGGACACUUUAGAUCAGCUGUUCUUGAAGUCGGAUGAUGCCAGAAAAUACAAGGGACGUAUGCCACAUCAUAUCGAUGGUUUGCUUCAAUUAGCUUCUGGUCUCGAAUACCUCCAUUCAAAUAAUUUAGUUCAUGGAGACAUCAAACCAGAAAAUGUCCUGAUUGCGGAGGAACCUGCUGGCCAAGAUGAGAUAACUCUCAAAUGGACAAAUUUUGGACUGAUCAGAAGUGUCAGUGAAGCAAAGCAAACCAGUCCUAUCAGAAGCAAUAAGGCAUGGUUAGCCCCCGAGUGGCUUCGAUUGAAAAAAAAGAAGAAGAAAAGCCCUACAGGAAAUGUAGAUGAAACCAGUUAUCCAGUAAGCAUCGAGAGCGACGUGUUUGCAAUGGGACUUGUUUUCGGUAAUUUACUCUUGAAUGGCGAACAUCUCUACGGUUCCAUCGAAAAUAAAAUUGCCGAAAACAUAGUUAAAGGAGAUCCCAUUAACAUGCAAAAAAUGGAUGGCAAAUUGCGCGACUGUUACGAGAAUGACCUGUUCGAAAAAAUGUUGAGAAACGAUCCCAAUGAAAGAAUAACAUCGGAAAAAGUUCUCAUUCAAUUGCAGUCGAUCAAGGAUAAGCUCACUGGAAAAGAAAAAGAAUUGCUUGAACUGUGUGGGCGUGAUUCGCGAGAGGAUCUCACGGGAAAAAUAGAAGAAUUAAUUCAGUUCGGAAUUAACGUGAACGCAAAGGACAAAGACGAAACGAAUGUGCUCCAUCUUUUGUGUCGUAACUAUUCAAACCCAAAAUUUACCGACGCAAUUCAACUCGUAAUCAAAAGCGGUGUCGACGUGAAUGCAAGGGACAACUAUGGAAUGAAUGCCAUUCAUUAUUUGUGUCGAUACCAUUCAAGCCAAACCUUAAUUAACGGAAUUGAAGUCUUGAAUCAAUCCGGAAUCGACGCAAAGGCAAUAACCGACGAUGGAUCGAAUGCGCUCCAUUAUCUAUGUCGAUACAAUUCAACCCCAAAUUUAGUCGACGCAGUUGGUAUUUUGACUAAAUUCGGAGUGGAUAUGAUGCUGCCGGACAACGCUGGAUGGAAUGCGUUUUAUUAUUCGCAAAAUAAAUUUAACAAAGAGAUGAAAAUUUGGUUCGACCGCCAACAACCAAUAGGGGAAGGUGGCUUUGGUAUGGUAAACAAAGGGAAGUUCGGAGGUCGUGAAGUUGCAGUCAAAAGAGUUGAAAUGCGUCAUGUGGACAAAAGAGAAGAAGACGCAAUGCUAAAAUUGGAUCAUCCGAACAUCGUCAAACUUCUUCAUUAUGAAACGGACAACGACUUUAUGCAAGACAUUUUUUUUAUGACUUUAAAUAACAAAAUGAUUCCAAAAUUGAUUUGUUUUUUUCGUUCUCGCGUUAAAGAAAUUGAUGGCGAACUGCGCAAAUAUUAUGAGAAUGACUUACUAACGAAAAUGUUGGAAUAUGAUACGGAAAAAAGAAUGAAUUCGACAGAAGUCGUCAAUCAACUGGCAUCCAUUAAGAAUAAAUUGACUGAAAAAGAAACAGAAUUUCGACAACUUUUUGCUGGUUACACUUCGGCUGAUCUAGUUGGAAGAAUCAACGACUUAAUUCGCCUUGGAAUCGAUGUGAAUGCAAAGGGCAAAUAUGGUAUCAACAAACAUCGUUGCAUUGGCCAAACCAAUGUUACUGAACAGAGUUUUGUAUUGCAGAGAAUCGACAACUAG